GAGAACCCAGAGGGAAGGUGGUCUAGCCUGAGUGAUCAAAAACGUCCCGAGGCUCAAGGGGACCAUGGGAGCUGGGAAGGGGGUCUAGGCUGGGGCUUAGGAGGAUUCUAGGGUUGGGCCCAGGAACACCCUCGGUUACUGGGGGUAGGGCACCCCAGAGGACUCCAGGGAACCAAAGAGGUCCAGGUUUGGCCCAGGAACACCCCGAAGAACUUCAGGGUGAUGAGGAGGUCCACGUUGGGCCCAGGAACACCGCAUACCCUAGAAGGACUCCAGGGGGCUGAAACGGGGUCCAAGCUGGGCCCAGGAACACUACGGUGGGACCCCGGCCCUGCAGGUCGGAUACCCUUGAGGACAGCCAUCACCUGGCUCUGCUACCUUGUGCCUUGGACGGCUGUUCUCAGUGAAGGACCGUGCGCCCGCCCCUGAGCAGCGACCAUGGGCCUGCUUGCCUACCUGAAGACCCAGUUCGUGGUGCACCUGCUCAUUGGCUUCGUCUUUGUGGUGAGUGGGUUGGUUAUCAACUUCACCCAGCUGUGCACACUGGCCCUCUGGCCCAUCAGCAAGCAGCUAUACCGCCGCAUCAACUGCCGCCUGGCCUACUCGCUCUGGAGCCAGCUGGUCAUGCUCCUGGAGUGGUGGUCCUGCACGGAGUGCACUCUCUUCACCGACCAGGCCACCGUGGACCGCUUUGGGAAGGAGCACGCAGUUGUCAUCCUUAACCACAACUUCGAGAUCGACUUCCUUUGUGGGUGGACCAUGUGCGAGCGGUUUGGCGUGCUGGGGAGCUCCAAGGUGCUGGCUAAGAGGGAGCUGCUGUGCGUGCCUCUCAUCGGCUGGACGUGGUACUUUCUGGAGAUCGUAUUCUGCAAAAGGAAGUGGGAGGAAGACCGGGACAUUGUCAAAGAGGGGCUGAAGCGCUUGGCGGACUACCCAGAAUGCAUGUGGUUUCUCCUCUACUGCGAAGGAACGCGCUUCACAGAGACCAAGCACCGCAUCAGCAUGGAGGUGGCUGCCUCCAAGGGGCUGCCGCCACUCAAGUACCAUCUGUUGCCCCGGACCAAGGGUUUUACCACUGCAGUCCAGUGCCUCCGGGGGACAGCUGGAGCUAUCUACGAUGUGACCCUGAACUUCAGGAGUAGUAAGAACCCGUCCCUGCUGGGAAUCCUCUAUGGGAAGAAAUAUGAGGCAGACAUGUGUGUGAGGAGGUUCCCCCUGGAAGACAUCCCCGUAGAUGAGAAUGACGCAGCCCAGUGGCUUCACAAGCUGUACCAGGAGAAGGACGCCCUGCAAGAGAUGUACAAGCAGAAGGGCACAUUCCCAGGAGAGCCAAUCAAGCCUGCCCGAAGGCCGUGGACCCUCCUGAACUUCCUGUGCUGGGCCACCAUCCUACUGUCCCCCCUCUUCAGCUUUGUCCUGGGUGUCUUUGCCAGUGGAUCCCCACUCCUCAUCCUGACAUUCUUGGGGUUUGUAGGAGCAGCUUCCUUCGGAGUCCGAAGACUGAUAGGAGUGACCGAGAUAGAAAAAGGCUCCAGCUAUGGCAACCAAGAGCUUAAGAAAAAGGAAUAAUUAAUGCUGUGAUUGAACACCCAUAACCUGACGCGGUAUCCAAUUAACUCAAUUAAAAACAGAACACACGAGAACAAGGGAAAGAGA